AUGCCGGCCAAGGUCAUUUUGGAUGAAUUUGAGAUUGAGCAUAACCUCCACGAGGGUAUUGAUCUCGACGAUGUUUCGGUCACGAUAGCUGGCCUGGAAGAGGAACAGACUGUCAUUUUCAUGAGGGACUCGAGAAGCGCGCUCAGUUGGUCUGGCUACAUUCCGUUGCAUGGUGAUGAAAUCGGGAAGUUAACACUGGGAAGGCAUGAUAUUCGUCAAUUCUGGGCAAUGUCAGACAGCUACACAGAAGACGAGAGAGACUUUGUAACAUGCAAGAAGGGCCUGGCUUUGAAGCUGACAUUUGCAAUCAGUAAGACCUCUGCUUCCACCGAAGACUGUGGUUCACCAUCAGUUGUAGACCACCUGAGCCAGAUUGAGGACUCUGCGAUUUACACACCGGUCGAAAUCGAACAAAUGAUGAAGGAUGCUGCUCAGACACCUGCCCUAUUUCCCAAACAUCUUGCACAGCUCGCCGAAGCAGGACACGCGUAUCUGCACCUCUAUGGCACCUACUUCACGCAUCGAUUCGAAGAUUUCGGGGACUUCGAUAAUGUCACCCGUGCCAUCGAAGCAUACCAAUUAGCCAUGGAGGGCACAGACCAUUCUGAGCUCGCCUACGCGACAUAUGCUCAGGCUGCAGGCACGGCGUACACCACUCGGUUCACAUUGUUUGGAGACACCGCCGAUUUGGACACUGCCCUCUCCCUCUUGAACACAGCUGUCUCGCGGACCGAGGUUGAAGACAUCGCCCUCCCGGAGCGUCUUAGUCGUCUGGGUAUUGCCUAUCGACAUCGUUUCGCCUUUACAGGUGACCUCGUUGAUCUCGAAAACGCAAUCGUCAAUCAGCAACGCGCCGUACGACUUACCAGCUCAAGCCACUCCGACUUUGGUAACCGGUCAGUAGCUCUGGGAAUCUCCUUUGACACGCGGUUCCACCGUAAGGGAGAUCUCGCAGAUAUUAACCGCGCCAUCUUGAACACGCGCAGAGCUAUCAACUCGACCAGUGAACAUUACGAACGCGUCCCACUAUGGUUGAGCAACCUUGGUAUUUUCUACCAAGGACGCUUUCUCAGGACUGGUAUGAUCUCAGACAUAGACGAAGGCAUCAAUACUUUACACAGAGCAAUCCACCUCUCGCGUAAAAGCAACCCCAAGUUACAUCAAUGGUGGAACAGCUUGGGAAACGCCUACCGCCUACGCUUUUCCAAGACAGGUGAGGCGACGGAUAUUGAAAAGGCCUUAGAGUUCCAGACAAAGGCGCUGGAGAAUACUGGAGACGAGGAAAGGGUGAAGGCAUCGCAUCUUCGUAGCCUCGGUGAAACCUACUGGAGACGCUUCGAGGUGACCAAGAACCUCGCCGAUAUUGAUGCCGCUAUUGGCUACAUUCAGCAAGCCGUGGACUUGACUCCACUGCAGCAUGCCGGCCGUCCCCCGCGACUACAGUUGCUAGCAGUUGCACUAGAAAGCCGCUUCAAACACGCUAAGGAUAAAUGCGACAUCACAAAGGCCAUCUCACUGUUCCGCGAGGCAGCCACAUACCCCAUCGGCCGUCCAGGUACACGUCUCCGCGCAGCAAAAGAAUGGGGUCUCUUAUGUCGCCAUCAUGACCCUCCCCAGUCCUUGGAAGCCUUCAAAGUCCUCGUCGAACUCCUCUCCCAAGUCGCAGGGCUGGAAGACACAGUCCAGAAACGCCAUGAAACCUUGGUGAACAUUGCCGAUCUGACAAUGACUGCUGCAGCAACUGCAAUGGAUCAAGGACAAUUUGGUACGGCGGUCGAGUGGCUCGAGCAAGGUCGAUGCUUGGUUUGGAAUCAAAUAAACCAACUCAGAACACCUGUGGACGACCUCCGCGCACACGAUCCAGAUCUAGCAGAAAGGUUUUCGAAAGUCGCGCGGGCAUUGGAAGAGUCUGGGUCCCGUCAAGAAGAGGAAGCAUCGCCAAACGAAGUGGAUGCCACAGACGAACGAGUACAUUUCGUCGCCGCUCAAGAUGAAGUCCACUCCCACGUCAAACUCGCCAAGGAAUUCCAAACGAUCCUCGCGGAAAUACGGGCUCGACCAGGUUUCUCAGACUUCCUGCAACCACCACGGAUUUCAGACCAAUUGUCCAAGGUUCCUGAGGACAGCGCAAUCGUAACAUUUGUCAUGCACGAAGAUCGAUGCGACGCUCUCAUCCUGAGGAAAGGAUUGUCGGUACCCCUCCACAUUCCAUUGGAAAAGCUGACGCUGAAGAGAGCGGUGGCUAUGAAAGACGAUGUACGAGCGAUUUUGAUGAGAGGGGGUUUACGCCUUCGAGAAGUGAACCCGCAACCCGAUGGAGAGGAAGAUGACGAGACCCGCGGUUUCGCACCGCGACGCGCGCGUAAAGGCGAUGCGUUGAAGAAGAUACUGGAAGAGCUUUGGUUGAAAGUCGUAAAUGGCGUUGUUCGCGGUAUCUACGGCGAGAAGCUGCCUGAAAAUCCCGGAGAACGUCUGAGGGUCUGGUGGUGCCCAACCGGACCACUCCUUUUCCUUCCACUUCAUGCUGCUGGUAUCUAUACACAGGGGGGUUCUAGCGCACAAGACCUAGCAGUCUCAUCCUACACGCCUACGAUCAGCACGCUCCUUACCUCGCUCCGCAAAUCCCACAGCAGCAGGAUUGCAUUCCCGGCCCCACAUAACCUCCUCCUAAUCAGCCAACCCGCAACUCCCCAUCUGCCUCCAAUCCCAGGAACAACAGAAGAAACACGCUCAAUCCAAACACUAUUCUCCGGCAUCGCGCCGGCUACCCUUCUCGAAGGAUCAGAAGCUACGGUCUCCCGCGUCGCAGACGAACUCAAAUCCCAUUCAUGGGUCCAUUUUGCAUGCCAUGCAGUUCAGGACAUUGAUUCACUCCGAAGUGGUCUACACCUACACGACAGGCGCCUCGAACUGAUCGAUAUCAUGAAACAGAGAGAUACGCAGACGGAAUGGGAUUUGGCGUUUCUUUCGGCAUGUCAGACUGGGACAGGGGACGAGAAGUUGUCGGAUGAGGUGGUGCAUAUCGCUGCGGGGAUGCUGGUGAUUGGAUACAGAAGCGUUGUGGCGACGAUGUGGAGUAUCAAGGAUGCAUACGGGAAGGAUGUCGCCGUCGGAUUCUACGAGCGUCUGUUAAAUCAGGGCGUAAAGGGUGGACAAGGCCAGUCAGGCCCAGCUUGGGCCUUGGAUGGUGCCGUCAGAGAACUGAGGAGGAUAGUCGGAGACAAGGAAGAGGGCCUACUCGCAUGGGUCCCCUAUGUCCACUACGGGAUGUAG